AUGAAACCCUUCUCCGACGAAAUCGACCUCCCUAAGCGCCACCGCCGCCGAGAUCCCCACCUCAAUGACGCCGCCCUCUCUUGCAUGCUCAACACCGAACUCGGCGCCGUCCUCGCCGUCAUCCGCCGCCCUUCAGACCUCCUCCCCUCCCCUGACGAUUCCUCCUCCCAUUCAUCUCCUCUCCUCCACUCCCUCAAAUCCCUUCGAUCUCUCAUCUUCCACUCCGAUUGGCGUUCCCUCGAUCCCUCCGCCUACCUCUCCCCAUUCCUCGCCGUCGUUCAGUCCGACGACGUCCCCGCAGCCGCCACCGCCGUCGCUCUCUCUGCCAUCCUGAAGAUCCUCAGGCUCGACGUCUUUGAUGAGCGCACUCCCGGCGCACGUGAUGCCAUCCACUCCGUCGUCUUCUCUUUAACUAACUGCCGUCUCGAGCGCACCGACGCCGCUUCUGAGGACUCCGUCCUCAUGCGCAUCCUCCAGUUGUUGGUGACGAUGAUGAAGGCGCGAGCAGCGAUGCUAUUGACCGACCACGCCGUGUGCACGGUCGUCAACACAUGCUUCCAAGUAGUGCAGCAAUCAGCCAACCGCGGCGACGUCCUCCAGCGCACCGCUCGGCACGCUAUGCAUGACCUCAUCCAAUCCAUCUUCUCUCGCUUACCCUUCAUCAAGACCCCAAACUUCGCCCCUGACCCUGACCGAGCAUGCUCAGGCUCCGACGACGAAGAUGUCGACGACCUCAUCAUCUCGGUGGAGUACGGGUCACGGUGCAUGGUGGACAUAUUUCAUUUUCUUUGCUCAAUGCUGAAUGUAGGGGAGGUAGUGGAGUCUGCUGAUGGAUUGGGUUCAUUGAGCUCUGAUGAGGAUGUGCAGGUGUUUGCAUUGAUGCUUAUUAACUCUGCUGUUGAGUUGGGUGGUGAAGGUAUGGGGAGGCAUACUAGGCUCCUUCGUAUGAUUCAAGAUGAUCUUUUUCACCAUCUCAUCCAUUAUGCCACUCGUUCUAGUCCUUUGGUUCUCUCCAUGAUUUGCAGCAUUGUCCUCAAUCUCUACCACUUUCUCCGCAGCUCAUUGAGACUUCAACUGGAAGCAUUCUUCACUUAUGUUCUCCUUAAGAUUGCGGCCGGUGGCAACGGUGUUCAUCUUCAAGAAGUUGCUAUAGAAUCCCUUGUUAGUUUCUGUCAACAACCCACAUUCGUCGUCGAAAUGUAUGUGAAUUAUGACUGUGAUCCUAUCCAGCAGAACAUCUUUGAAGAGGUCGGAAAGUUACUAUGCAAGACGGCGUUCCCUUUGACUAGCCCAAUGUCAGGGAUGCAAGUUCAGGCCUUUGAGGGCCUCACUGCCAUUGUCCGAACCAUUGCUGACGGCACUGACAUGGAUAUGCAUGAUCCACCUGACAAAAAUGACUAUAACAUUGACAUUACUGAAUUUAAGCCAUUCUGGCUUGAGAGACAUGACUCUCAAGACAGUCCAGAGACUUGGGUGGAUUUUGUGAGGAUGAGGAAGCUCAAGAAAAAGAAGAUCAUGAUUGCCGCAAACCAUUACAACAGAGAUGAGAAGAAGGGGUUGGAUUUUCUUAAGAUAUGUCAUUUGGUUGAAUCCCCGCCGGACCCGGAGAGCUUCGCGUACUUCUUUCGCUACACCCCUGGGUUAGACAAGACCAAGAUUGGAGACUAUUUGGGUGAUCCUGAUGAGUUCAACCUCCAGGUCCUCAAGGACUUCACUGAUACAUUUGAAUUCUCCGGUGUCAUUCUUGACACAGCUCUCCGGACAUAUCUAGAUGCAUUUCGUCUCCCCGGAGAAUCUCAGAAGAUUCAAAGAAUUCUUGAAGCAUUUUCAGAGAGAUACUAUGAUCAGCAGUCAUCUGAGAUCUUUGUCAGCAAAGAUGCAGUGUUCAUACUUUGUUACUCACUGAUUAUGCUCAACACUGACCAGCACAAUCCACAGGUGAAGAAGAAAAUGACUGAGGAAGAGUUUAUUAGGAAUAACAGAGCUAUCAAUGGCGGCACGGAUCUUCCAAGGGAGUAUCUAUCAGAACUAUUUCAUUCCAUUGUAUCCAAUGCUAUCACAUUCUUCGGCCAAACAGGACCUACCGUUGUUGAGAUGAACUCUAACCGAUGGGCCGACCUUAUCAAACGAUCGAAAAAAGUCGAACCUUUCAUCCUAUGUGACUUCAAGCAUAAACUAAGUCGAGAAGUCUUUGUCUCCAUCUCCGGCCCUUCUGUCGCUACUCUCUCAGCCAUCUUUGAGCAAACAGAUGAUGAAGAAACACUACACGAAUGUGUCGAAGCAUUGAUAAACAUCGCUGGGAUAGCUCGAUAUGGUUUGGAAGACAUACUUGAUGAACUCCUCUCCUGUUUCUGCAAGUUCACUACUCUGCUAAAUCCUUAUGCAACAGCAGAAGAAACACUCUAUGUGUUCAGCAAUGAAGUUAAGCCAAGAAUGGCAACGCUUGCAGUGUUCACAAUUGCUAACAAGUUUGGUGAUUCCAUCAGAGGAGCAUGGAAGAACAUGGUUGAUUGCCUGCUCAAGCUCAAGAGACUCAGAUUAGUCCCUCAAUCAGUGAUUGAAAAUGACGAAAUCCCUUCCUCUGAAACCGAGCUUUCGCAUCUCCGUUCAGAGUCCGGUGUCAUCUUCCCUUCAUCACACCAAGCACUGAGCAGCAGCAAGCAAGUCUCAGGCUUGAUUGGGAAAUUCUCCCAGUUCUUAUCACUGGACACAGAGUCCGAUUCCAUGCUCAAUGUGGGAAGCCAAUUUGAGAACAACCUCAAGAUAAUUCAGCAAUGCAGAAUUGGAAGUAUUUUCAGAGAGAGCUCUAAAUUACCAGAUGAUUCUUUACAGAACUUGGGAAGAUCACUAAUCUUCGCAGCAGGUGGUAAAGGUCAGAAAUUCAGCACUUCAGUUGAAGAAGAAGAAACAGUUGGGUUCAGUUGGGAACUCUUGGCCACCAUCACCAUUGCCAAUAUCCAAAGGCUACCAAACUUUUGGCCUCAGUUCCAUGACUGCCUCACCGUCGUCUCUCAGUUUCCGCUCUUUUCACCCUGCCCUUUCGCCGAAAAAGCCAUCGUCUCACUCUUCAAGAUUGCUCUCAAACACUUCUCCUCUAAUCCUAAUUCUAAUCAAUUCAGUCCUGAAAAACAACAAAUCGAAGAUCUCAUCUUCAAAUCCAUCAACCUCACUUGGAAGCUCGACAAGGAAAUACUAGACACUUGUUGCGAGACAAUCACAGAAUCAGUAACAAAAAUCUUGAUUGACUUCCCAGACAAUGUGCAUACAACAAUGGGAUGGAAGACAUUGUUUCAUCUGCUUUCAGUCGCCGGCCGCCACCCGGAAACCUUCGAUCAGGCUAUUGAAGCCAUCACUAAACUCAUGACUGAAGGUACUCAUAUAACCCGGCAUAACUACUCUUACUGCAUCGAAGCCGCAUUUGGCUUCGCCGCACUGAAGAUUAGUCCACUGGAAAUCAGCUCAAAAAUGCUCGACUUGAUGUCUGAUUCUGUGAAGCUUCUUAUACAAUGGCACAAGUCUGGUUACUCGGAUCCCGGCAGUGCUAGCAUCUCCAGUUCUUCUUCUUCUUCUUCUUCUUUAACAGAUGAGCUGCCAAAAUCAGGCAACAUUGCAGCAAACUUGUUUGUAAAGCUUGCCGAAGCACUGAGAAAAACAAGCUUAGUUCGGAGAGAAGAGAUAAGGAACCAGGCUGUGACGCUACUGCAGCGGUGCUUCGACGCUGCUGCUGAUGAGCUGGAGUUCACUCCGGCGAACUGCAUUGCUUGCUUUAACUUUGUAAUAUUUGCGAUGGUUGAUGAUCUACACGAGAAGAUGGUGGAGUACUCAAGGAGGGAUAACUCGGAGAAGGAGAUGAAGAGCAUGGAAGGGACAUUGAGGGAGGCAAUGGAGCUUCUUGUUGGGGUGUUUUUGAAGCUUUUGGUGCCGUUGGCACAGAGUCCUGGGUUUAGGACGUUUUGGUUGGGAGUGUUGAGGAGGAUGGAUACGUGCAUGAAGGCGGAGGGUGGUGGAGAGGAGAUGGAAGGGGAGAGAGGACCGUUGCAGGAGUUGGUGCCGGAGUUGUUGAGGAGGAUGAUAGUGGAGAUGAAGGAGAAGGAGAUAUUGGUGCAAAAAGAAGGGGAUGAGCUUUGGGAUGUAACUAAUAUUCAGAUUCAGUGGAUUGCUCCUGCUCUCAAGGAUGAGUUGUUCCCUGAGGAUCUUUGA